GACGCGCCGGGUCCGGAGUGCGAACUAGGAGUGCGCUGGUGCGCAGGCGCAGUGGACGGACAGCAGAUCGUGUAUUUCCAAAAUGGCGGCAGCGAUGGAUGUGGAUACCCCGAGCGGCACCAACAGCGGCGCGGGCAAGAAGCGCUUUGAAGUGAAAAAGUGGAAUGCAGUAGCCCUGUGGGCCUGGGAUAUUGUGGUUGAUAACUGUGCCAUCUGCAGGAACCACAUUAUGGAUCUUUGCAUAGAAUGUCAGGCUAACCAGGCGUCUGCCACUUCUGAAGAGUGCACCGUUGCGUGGGGAGUCUGUAAUCAUGCUUUUCACUUCCACUGCAUCUCUCGCUGGCUCAAAACACGACAGGUGUGUCCGCUGGACAACAGAGAGUGGGAAUUCCAAAAGUAUGGGCACUAGAAAAAGAAUAUUUUUCCAUCAAGCUCAACUGUUCUGUUAUUCAUUUAAUGACUUGCCCUCCUGUUACUUAAUUAUAAGUUAGAUAGAACCGUGUCUUUUCUGCUUUGUCUUUUCAGUUUGCUAAUCUGCAGUCCUAUUGUGUUCUGUGUCGAAUAAAAUCCAGUUGGAUUCUAGAACAGAUGCUGUCUCUUGUGUAUGUGAAAAAAAGUGAACAUAAAUAAAGGGUCCCCUCUUCCUAGAUAGGAAAGCCAGCUUGUGAAAAUGAGACGUUUGUUCAUAAGAGCCAGAGCAGAGGUGUCCUGCGAGCGCGUCACUCAGUCACAAGGCUUCUGCCCACAGCCCGAUUACUGAUGGCAGUCAUGGGCAAGUCACUUCUGCUCCAGGUGGCUCCUUAGGACUCAGUGGCAUCAUGUGGGCCCAGGAAGAGGCUUUGUAAACUCUAAAAGCACUAUACAAAUGUUACCUUGGUAUAUGAUAUGUUGCUUUCUCUUAAUUUAGAAAAGUAAAUGUGAAAAAAAACUUAGUAAUUUUUGCUGGCAAAAGAAUAAUUUAUAAACUCAAGUUUAAAAUUUGUGUCACUUAAAAUUGAAUUAACAAGAGAAUUCAAGUUUCUUCCACCCACCACUCUUUGAAAUUUGUUUCAACUGCGUUGGCCGUGGUGGACCUGCCCAGCGGCCGCACAGAGCCUUUGACUGAGAAGCAGUCUGGUUACUGCAGUGGUUCUCAGAGCAGCCUGAGGGCUCCCGGGGCACCGGAAACCCUUUCAGGAGGUUCAUGAAGUUCCUUUUCCAACUGCCUGCCUGUUUGAGGGCAGCUUUUCUUUAUGUUAUUCAAUCAAAGCAACAUAUUGAGUGAAGAAGCAAACAUGAGAAUUGCAGCUGUCUUCUUUUAAGUCAGAUAUAGAAGAGAUUUUCAAAAAUGUAAAACAAUGCCACUCAUCUAAAUUUUUUGUUUUGAAAAAU